AUGUCCGCCAACCUGCUCUCCAACAUCCCCUUCUCCGUCUCCGCUCCCUCGAUAGAUCGUCCGUUUGGCGUCCAUCUAUGGCCCAUCUUCGACUACUUCUUCACUGCCGUCAAGGGCUAUUCCGCAGAUGACUUCCGCUUCGUCGUCGAUGAGACGCCCAUGUCCACGCUCAGGGCCACCGCCAUCGCCCUGAUAUCCUACUAUGUCAUCAUCUUCGGUGGCCGCGAGCUCAUGCGCAGCCGUCCUGCCAUGAAACUCAACGGUAUCUUCAUGGUGCACAACUUUGUGUUGACAGCUGUCAGCUUUAUCCUGCUUGUCCUCUACGUCGAGGAGCUGCUGCCCACCGUGGCGCGGAAGGGCAUCUUCUUCGCCAUCUGCGACCACGCCGGCGGGUGGACCAAGCCGUUGGUUCUGCUCUACUAUUUGACCUACCUCACCAAAUACCUCGAGCUCCUUGAUACCGUCUUCCUCGUGCUCAAGAAGAAGCCACUCACCUUCCUACACACCUACCACCAUGGCGCCACCGCUCUGCUCUGCUACACCCAGCUCAUCGGCUCUACCGCCGUCUCCUGGGUGCCCAUCACCCUCAACCUGAUCGUCCACGUUGUCAUGUACUGGUACUACUUCCAGAGUGCCCGUGGAAUCCGCAUCUGGUGGAAAGAGUGGAUCACCCGUCUCCAGAUCGCCCAGUUCGUCAUCGACCUAGGAUUCGUCUACUUCGCAUCUUACACCUACUUCACCUCGACCUACUUUGACUGGAUGCCCAAUGCAGGCAAAUGCGCCGGUGAAGAGUUCGCUGCCUUUGCAGGUCUCAUCAUCCUCUCGUCGUACCUCCUUCUCUUCAUCUCCUUCUACCUCGCCACCUACAAGAAGGGAGCCAAGUCCGGCCGACCCCGCCGAAACACCGGAAAGCAAGCCAUCAUCGGCAUGAGGAACAUGGAGAUCCCCUCUGUCGGAAGCAACGGAGCUGCCAUCGUCGCUAACGGUUCCGCUAACGGCUCUGCCAACGGUUCCGCCAACGGAAGCGCUUCCACCAACGGAGCUGCUACCACGACUGCCCGCGCUAACGGACCCGUCACCAGGUCGAGAAAGGCGUAA